GAAGGUCUCCAAGCAUUAAUGGGGAUGAUCUCACCACAUGGCCUCCAGUUCAAUUGCACAGGAUGGAUCAACAAGUGGUGGUUAUGGACAAUGGUCUGGUUAAUGUCACAUUAUCCAUCCCAAUAGGAGUGGUUUUAGGAAUACAAUAUGGUGGCAUUGAAAAUCUAUUAAAACCCAAUGGAGACAAUAGGCCAGGGUAUUGGGAUGUAGUUUGGGAUUAUCCCGAUUCUCCCAAACAACUCAAAAACAGUUAUGAUCAUUUAGAAGGCACAAGUUUUAGUGUGGUUAUGGAGAAUGAGAAUCAAGUUGAGGUUUCUUUUAUGAGGACAUGGGAUAAUUCAUCUCACAAUGACAAUGGAUUAGUCCCCUUGAAUGUAGAUAAAAGGUUUGUAAUGUUGAGAGGUCACUCGGGUUUCUAUUCUUAUGCGAUAUUUGAACGACUAGAGGAGGGGCCAGACUUCAAUAUGUACCAGGGUCGAAUUGUCUUCAAGCUCAACGAUACAUUGUUUCAAUACAUGGCAAUAUCGGAUGAGAGACCUAGGAUCAUGCCGACAACAAAUGAUCGAGAUCAUGGUCAAGUUCUUGACUAUCAAGAAGCCGUCUUAUUGACAAACCCAUCUAACCCUAAACUUAAAGGAGAGGUGGAUGACAAAUACCAAUAUUCAAUUGAAAAUAAGGAUAAUCGGGUACAUGGAUGGAUAUGCUCCGACCCAAUGGUUGGAUUUUGGAUGAUCACUCCAAGUGAUGAGUUUCGAACCGGUGGGCCUCUCAAGCAAGAUCUCACAUCUCAUGUCGGUCCAACCGUUUUAUCUAUGUUCUUCAGCACCCAUUAUGCUGGGGAUAAUUUGACAAUGAAAUUUAGGGAUGGGGAGCCAUGGAAGAAGGUAUUUGGUCCUGUUCUCAUAUAUCUAAACUCGGUUUCUCCAUAUGAAGAUCCGUCGUAUGAAGAUCCGUCGCGUUUUCUUUGGGAAGACGCUAAAGAACAAAUGUUGAUAGAAACCGAACAUUGGCCAUAUGAUUUUCCCCUUUCGGAAGAUUACCUUUCGUCUAAUGAACGCAGUUUAGUUAGUGGCAGAUUGCUAGUUCGCGACAGAUAUAUCAAUGAAAGCUUGAUAACUGCAAGUAAUGCUUAUGUGGGUCUUGCCCUGCCAGGCCAUAUUGGAUCAUGGCAAAUAGAACACAAGGGAUACCAAUUUUGGACCCAAGCCGACACCGAGGGUUACUUUUUAAUAAAAGAUAUUCGACCCGGAAACUAUUGCUUGUACGCAUGGAUGCCUGGAUUUGUCGGGGAUUACAAAUAUGACGAUUAUUUGAACGUCGAAUCAGGAGAGUAUAUGAGAUUGGGUGAGUUAAUAUAUGAUCCUCCAAGACAAGGUCCAACCUUAUGGGAAAUAGGCAUUCCAGAUCGAAGUGCUGCCGAAUUCUUUGUUCCUGAUCCAAAUCCAAAAUUUAUGAACAAUUUAACAGACAAAUUUAGGCAAUAUGGGUUAUGGGAUCGAUACACAGAUUUGUAUCCUUAUAAAGAUCUUGUAUUCACAGUGGGUGUCGAUAAUUAUGAGAAAGAUUGGUUCUUUGCUCAAGUUAACAGGAAGUUAGGGAAUAAGACGUACGAGUCAACAACGUGGCAAAUACAUUUUGAUAUCGAAGAGGUCGACCAUAUGGGAAAUUACACCCUUCUAUUAGCCCUAGCAUCAGCCCAUGAAGCAGAAUUAGAAGUUAGAAUCAAUGACUCGGACAUGUAUUUCACGACGGGAUUCAUAGGCAAAGACAACGCAAUCGCAAGGCAUGGAAUUCAUGGAAUAUAUUUGCUCUUCAUUGUUAGCAUAUCUCCAAGUUCUAAGCUUGUAAAUGGAAGAAAUAUAGUGUAUUUGAAACAGUCUAGAGGGUCUAGCCCUUUCAGAGGGGUAAUGUAUGAUUAUAUCCGUUUAGAAGGCCCUCAAUCUGCAUAUUCAAAUUGAUCAAAUUUGAAAUUUUCUACCUUU